AAACAAUGAUAUAAGUGUCCAUAUAUGAUUUCGCCAUUGUGUAAGGACAACAUUUGUCUUGUCCUUAUACUACGGUUCAACCACCGUAUAAGGAUGAGUAUUUUAUUGUCCUUAUACAAGGAAUAUACAUGCUUGAACAGACCUCUCACAUUUAUAUUUGUGAUGUCGGUAACAGAGGGCAGCAGGCAAAAACUGUAGGAUUUAAACUUCGUUAGGAAGCCAUUCGAGAAAUGGGCAAGAGAUGUCGCAGCUUUUGCUAUCCCAAAUAGAUUUUUUAGUUUGAAAAACGAGCAAUAUUUGAUUAAUGAAAAAAUUUUUAUUUUAUUUCUACGUAAUAAAGUUCCUGAGAAAUAAUCCACUAUUUGUUUUACCAGAUCGACGUUCAAUUUCAUCAUAAACAAUUUCGGACUUCUAAACAAGUAACGGGUUAUGAAUAACUGCUAAAUCGAUACUGUUUUCCAAACUUUCAUCAUUUUCCGAGUGGUAUCAUAAAAUUAUUGUGGUGGUCGUAUAAGAUAAAACCAUCAUGCUUACUCAACUUUCUAUUUUCAAUAAGUUUUGGUUUCAUUCGCUCUCGAAUCAGUUUCAUUCCGGUGUUAGUUAUGAAGAAUUUGAGUGUUUUUGUUAAUUUUACACAAGGAGGCUCAUACAAUUUUCAUCAAUCACCACCCCUCGAGCAUGGUAACCGUCAGGGUCGUACUUAUGGACCACUUUUGAAUUUCCUUCUAGCGACUUUUCUAACGAAGGUGGUUGCAAAAUAUGCCGCUUCCAGUCUUCUUCCUAUAUCCCAUCAACCCUGGUUCUCUAAUAAACCCGUGAACUAUCUUUCAUUCAAUCAAAUUCACCAACCGAAUCAAAUCUGGAAACCAGCUAGUCCUUAUCUUCAUGGGCUCACAGCAUUCGCAGCAGAAAGCUACCCCGACCGAUAUUCACCACCCGAUCCUUUACAAACUGAUGAUCAUCAUUUAAUUGGCAAUGGAGGGAUACACGAAACUCCAACAACUAUCGAUGGACAUUCACAUCCAACGGAAUAUCAUAUGGUUGACACAACUAUUGAAACUCCUGAAACUGUCGAUCAAUUUCCAUCCCAAUCGCAAUACAGUUUUAGAAGACAACCACCGCCACACAGGUGGCCUUAUCCUUCCAGAAGGAAUUACCCACCACCAAGGAGAAACUAUCCGAAUAGAUAUCCUAACGAUCAAAGGAAUAGAAACCCUUCACAUCGCUUCGGAACGACAGCAUCCUAUUACGACUAUUAUGAUAAUUAUGAUGAUUUGGCUACCUGGCGAACGCCUCACAGAACGAAGCGACCACUGAUAAGAAGAAGGCCCACAACAGAAAGUUACGAUUAUUAUCCUCAUGAUAACUCGGAAUACGAUGACUCGUCGUAUGAUGAUUAUUUCGAUAAAACCACUAAAUUCUAUGAGGCAACAACAAACAUAUAUAAAAGAAGAAGGAAGCCAACCAAAAAAACUAAAAUCCGAAAGAGAACCGAUGAGAUCGAAGAGGAUAUUGGCAGUAAUGAAUCUGCGGAGGAGCUGGAUGAAAAGAGCGCAGAAGAGAAGCCGACAACAAAAGAAAAGGAAUUCAAACCUAAGCAAAGACAACAGGCAUCCACAACAACUACAGAGUCCACUACAACAGAAAGUACAGAAUCAACAACAACUGAAUCUUCUACAACUAUGACUACAACAAAAUCCAGUACAUCAAAUCCAGUUCAAAAUGUCACUCAGCCCAAUGGAUAUGGCCAAGGAGGAAAUUAUGACCACAUAAGGUUCACGUAUGAACCACCUAAUAUUGUGCAGCAAAAUUAUGGCCCACCAUAUGCUCAUCACACCGGGUAUGGGCCAUCCAGUAUUAACGAGAGGAUUAGCAUCACCCAAAAACCGUCAACAUUCCCUUUAUUCUAUCAUAAUUUUCCAUACGCUAACCUAUUUCCUCAAGAGUUCACCAAGAACGCCAUCGUUCAGAAAGUUCAAGAUAUUGUAGGAUUUGGUCAUGAUUACCUUCACAGGGAAUAAAAUUGUAUUCAAAACGAUGAAAAUCUCUUGCGUUAUGAUAUAUAAAUAAAUCAUUCAUCAGUU